GUUGAUCCACGUCGUCUGCUUCCUUCUUACGCGAGACAGAGAAGGCGGCGACCGGCGGCCAUGGAGGCGGCGAUUGGCGACGACAACACCUGGUACGAGUUCCUACCUAUCCUCGGCUGGAUCAUCGCCGACGCCGCGGUGGCUCGCGGGACGCUCGAGCAGGCGGUGCAGCAGCUGGACCGCGCCGCCGCGGAGGCGAAUCGCCUCGCCGCCAUAGCCCACGGGGGCUCCUACGCGACGGUCGUGUGUCUCCUCCGCCGCGACGUCUACGUCGCCCUCGACCUCGACCGCGUCCGGGUCGCCGACCUCCUCCGCGAGGAGCCCGCCGCCGCCGAGCCGGGCCCGGUCGCCGUCCUCCGCCCCAACUAUGGCCUGCUCGUCAACGUGAGCCACGGAAUCGAUCUCCUCCUGCGCACCGAGCCUACCGAGCAAGCGAUGCAAGCCUUCUCGCUGCGCUGGGAGGAGGACCGCGACAUCUGGUACCCGGGCUGGCUCGCCAGCGUCAAGAUGGAGGUCGGGAACGCGCUCCGCAGUCUGGCCCUCGCGAGCUUGCAGGCGAGGGGUGUUCGCCCGGAUCUGGACCUUCUUCUCGCCGUUCCGACGUCAUCGGAGCCCGAUGGAGCUGCCACCGGUGUCGACGCAUGUGCCGCGACCGCCGGGAGGUGCGCCACGGCUGUUCAUCACGCCCGUCAGGCUUCAGAGAAUAUGGGCGAGCUCCUGGUCAACCUGCGAGGCCUGCGUGAGGAGAUUCUGGAUGAUCCGCCUCCAGGACGCGUCAUGGAGUUCUUCGGCCCGCCGAUCGCCGACCCCGACGACCCCGACGCCGACGCCGACGCAGGCAAAAUGCAAGCCUCAAUUGCUUGUGCAUUAGUGAGAAGGCUAAGCAUAUAUGCCUUCAAGAUAAGGAAGGGGGAAUUCCAUCAGGCUAAUCAUCUAUGAGUGCAGAUCAUCUUGGUUCAAGUGUAAUUCUUGUGUGCUAGAUACCAGGGAGCUUCGGAAAAUUGCACUCAAUCCAAAUAGGGACAUAGACCGUGUCUGACACUGCACUGGAUUAUGAUAUAUAGCUCAUCAAUUUUUUACUUGUUUUACAUAUUAUUUAUAGAUCUAACUUUCCUUUCGCUUUCAUGGCUAAUUUUUCCACGGCGGGUCAUGAAAUAUGUCCAAUGCAAUAUAGUCAGCAACCACAGACUAAGUACAGGAGUAAUCAUCUGGGGCACAACAUCCCAUACUAUGGUUCAUCAAUCCAUGGGACAUGUCCUUGGGGUCUCUAAUAGUUCGAGGAUAAACACCUGAAGAAUAUGAAGGAAAAAAGGAUGCGAAGGCUUAACUGGUACACCGUCUCUAAGUGUUUGGUUAACCGAUUGCGUCCAUACUUACAAAGCUUAUCUCAAAAAACCAAAGUACGUUCAUCCCUGGACGGCUUAUUGCUGAUAAUUCCAUUAUUGCAUUCAAUUGUAUUCAUUAUAUCUAAUCUUUAAAGAAUAAUUGUAUGGCAUGUUGUGCUUAUAAAUUGGACCUCUCCAAGGCAUAUGAUCGUGUGGAUUGGGAUUUCUUGAGAAGGCUCUAAUCAAAUGGGGUUUCAGUAGAUUUCUUGGAUUAUGUCGUGUGUAUCCCGGGUGAAAUAUUCUAUCAAGUUCAAUGUGACACUUUUCUAAUACCUUUGCCCCAUCGUGGGGCCUCCACAAGGUGAUCCAUUGUCUCCUUUAUUAUUAUUUUUGUUGCUGACGUGCUUUCUGCUCUAAUCAACAAGCCAAUUUAGGAGGAAGGAUAUUGGAAGGGCUUCAGACUUGUCAUGGAGCUCCGGUUAUAUCUCAUAUCCUGAUUGCGGAUGAUACCAUGCUAUUUUUUUCGAGCGCCGAACCAACAAGUGUCCAUUGGAAAAGGUUUUUUGAACACAUGUGCAUCAAUGAGAGAUCAACUUAUCAAAAGUGUUCCAUACUGUUCUUGGAUAAUUGUUUGGCUAAUGUUGGGUAAGAAGUAAAGAGCAUCCUAGAUAUCACUCAAGAUGUUUUUUAUCCUAAAUACUUGGGGCUGCCAGUACCUGAAGGUAGAACGCAUAAAGGAAGGUUUGAGACCCUCCAACAUAAUAUGAGUAAAAGGUUGGUGCACUAGAGUGAACAAUAUUUAUCAUCUGAUGAUAAAGAGGUUUUGAUAAAAUUAGUUGCUCAAGCUA